ACUUUAUUUCUGGGUCCCUUGACUGACUGACUUUUCACUCUCUGGUCUUCCCCACAAAUCCACUGUUAGUGUUUUGGACAUGGUGUCCACAAAUUCCACGUCCAAUCACUGUUUUUUUUCUUUUCGUUUGAAUUUAUCCCAAAUUCCACAUUACUGUUUCUUGGCUUCUUGCAGCCAUUGAGUUUUAGUACUACUAUCGUUUUUUCCAUAUGGUAGUUGGCAUAGUCUUAAGUCAGCUUUAAUACAUUUCCUGAGUUCCUGUCCUAACUCCUAAGUUUUUCUUACUAGGUCUCGAAUUUGAUUUGUAGGUUGUGUUUCUGGUUAUUUUACAAUCUGGGUAUUUAGAAAAAUGCAUGCUUGAUAUACUUUUAGCAAGUUUCUUCAACCCCAGAAGGUCUUGACUUCAGACAAAGGCUAACUCUUUAAAUUAAAAAAAAAAAAAUUCCUUUUUUAUUCUGGAUUUGUUGGUUUUGAUAGCGUUCCAAAUGAGACGUCUUGGGUUUGUUUCAUUUUUCGUUUUGAUAAUAUGGGUGUCCCAGAGUUGUUUUGUGGGUUGUCAGAAGCCUGCCGUUGUAAACAUUGCUGCAAUUUUCACUUUUGAUUCUGUUAUUGGUAGAGCUGCAAAGCCAGCCAUGGAAGCUGCAAUCUCUGAUAUCAAUGCUACUCCCAGAAUUCUUAAUGGAACUCAUCUUAAUUUGUCCAUGUCGGAUGCUUAUUGUAAUGUCUUCUUGGGUUCUACAGAAGCUUUUCAAGUAAUUGAAAAAGAGGCGGUGGCUAUUAUUGGUCCACAGUCAUCUUCGAUUGCUCAUAUGAUUUCUGGAAUAGCCAAUGCUCUUCGAGUUCCACUUGUUUCGUAUGCUGCCACUGAUCCAACUCUUUCUGCUCUCCAAUUCCCAUUCUUUCUACGAACUGUGCAAAGCGAUUUCAACCAAAUGGUUGCUAUGGCUGACUUAGUUGAUUUUUAUGGGUGGAAAGAGGUUAUUGCCAUCUAUGUAGAUGAUGAUUAUGGGAGGAAUGGGAUAUCUGCCCUAAAUGAUGAACUUAAUAGGAGACAGACAAAAGCUUUCUAUAAAUUCCCUUUGCCUGUACAUUUUACUCAAAGUCACAUCAUAUCCUUGCUCAAUCAUUCUAAAUUGCUAGGUCCUCGUGUGUAUGUUGUUCAUGUUAAUCCUGACCCCCAAUUAAGAAUUUUUGCCACUGCUGAAAAGCUUCAGAUGAUGACCAGUAACUAUGUGUGGCUUGCAACGGAUUGGCUUUCUGCUACCAUAGAUUCAUUCUCUCCCAUGAAUCAAACUGCUCUCCAAGUGCUUCAAGGGGUAGUUGGACUCCGGCAACACAUUCCAGAGUCCAACAAGAAGAAAGACUUUGUGUCUCGAUGGAGAAAAAUGCAGCAGAAAGGGUUGGCAAAAUCAGAGUUGAAUACCUAUGGGCUUUGUGCUUAUGACACAGUUUGGACAGUUGCACAUGCAAUUGACAAGUUCAUAAAUGAUGGCAACAAUCUUACAUUUUCAUCCAGUAAUAAGUUAAAUGAUACAAGAACAGCCAAAAUGCAUUUGGAGGAGCUUAAAGUUUUUGAUGGUGGUGAUUCACUGCUCAAGGAUUUAUUACACACAAACUUCUCUGGUUUAACCGGUCAAGUUCAUUUUAGUUCAGAUCGGAACAUUGUGACCUCAGGUUAUGAUGUCAUUAAUAUUCACAAGAUGGCUGUUCAAAUAGUUGGUUACUGGUCUAGUAUUUUUCAUCUCUCAGUUUCUCCUCCGGAAACCCUCCAAGGGACACAAAAGAGCUAUUCUGAGAUAGACCAGAAGCUUCACAGUAUUACUUGGCCUGGUGGAAAGACAGAAAGGCCUCGUGGCUGGGUGAUUGCAGAUGAUGAACGGCCAUUGAGAAUUGGAGUGCCCUAUAGAGCCAGUUUCAUUGAUUUUGUUACAGAACAGCAUGAUAACCAUAAAAUCGCGGGAUACUGUAUUGAUGUGUUCACUGAAGCACUGAAAUUCAUCGCAUAUAAUGUUCCUUACAAAUUUGAGCUUUUCGGGGAUGGACAGUCCAAUCCUAUUUAUGGUCAGCUUGUGAACAUGAUUGCAGAUGAUGUGUUUGAUGCAGCUGUUGGGGACAUUGCAAUUGUGAAAAACCGUACAAAGAUUGUGGAUUUUUCUCAGCCUUAUACAACUACUGGUCUCGUCAUAGUAGCUCCAAUCCGCAAUUCAAAAUCAAGUGCUUGGGUAUUUCUAAAACCAUUUACAUUAGACAUGUGGUGCAUGACUGCAGCUGCUUUUUUGAUAAUUGCAGUUGUUAUUUGGAUUCUGGAGCAUCGAGUCAAUGAUGCUUUUCGUGGUCCUCCUAGGAAGCAACUUGUAACAAUGUUUAUGUUCAGCUUCUCAACACUGUUUAAGACAAACCAGGAAGUAACUGUAAGCACACUUGGGCGAGUGGUAAUGGUGGUAUGGCUUUUCUUAUUGAUGGUGAUAACAUCUAGUUAUACAGCAAACUUGACUUCAAUCCUUACAGUUCAGCAACUCUCAUCUCCCAUUACUGGAAUUGACAGCUUGAUUUCUAACACUUGGCCUAUUGGUUACCAAGUUGGUUCAUUUGCAUAUGGUUAUCUAUCUGAGAAUCUUAACAUCCAUCGGUCAAGGCUUGUUGCACUACACUCUCCAGAAGAGUAUGAAAGUGCUCUACGACUAGGGCCAGCUAAUGGAGGUGUGGCAGCUAUUGUUGAUGAGCUUCCUUAUGUGGAAUUAUUUCUGUCAAAGCGAACUGAUUUUGGGAUUAUUGGCCAACCAUUUACAAAGAGUGGCUGGGGAUUUGCUUUUAAGAGAGGUUCUGCGCUUGCUGUUGACAUGUCUACUGCAAUCUUGAAACUUUCUGAAAAUGGAAAGCUUCAGGAUAUACAUGACAACUGGUUUUGUAAGAUGGGUUGUCCUGGAGAGAGGAAAAGAAACUCCGAGCCUAACCAACUCCACUUAGUGAGCUUCUGGGGCCUAUAUCUUUUAUGUGGUUCCAUCACUCUUGGUGCACUUCUAGUCUUUAUUCUUCGAACAGUUCGCCAAUUUGUCCGGUACAGACGAAGGCAAAUGAAACUUUCUUCCCCUUCAUCCUCGGUUCAAACUACUACUCGUUGCUCUCAGGUCAUAUAUAACUUUUUUGACUUCAUUGAUGAAAAAGAGGAAGCUAUCAAGAAAAUGUUUAUGCAGUGUGAGAUUAAUCCGGUUCCAGAAACUCCAAUAAGCACAGCAACAUGAAAUUUUUGUUUUGGUAGAUUUGGAGGGAUAUAUUAGCCUUUAGUGCUUAACGCAGAAACCUAGUCUGUACAUGAAUCAACUCAGACUGCCUAUUUAGGAUUUGUGAUGCUUGUAAAUAUCACUGCUCGUGAUAUAUAGAAAAUUCCAUAAUGGCGAUUAUGAUUUUCCUUAUGUAUACAAAUGACAUUAGUUUUGCAGUAAUCCUAUCUAAUUAUGGCUCAUAUGCUUGUCAUUCUAGGUUCUUUAGCUGUUAUUAGGUAUUCAGAACCAGAUAUUACUAAAACAGAAUCUUUUAGAUAUAGAUGGAUAUACCAUAUGCUGCAUUAAGUUUGACUGGUGCAAAUCAUCUGUGGGGUUGCUGGUGCUUCUAAAUGAACUGCUGUUCACAAAAUUUUCAGGGAAUGCUCUAUCCAAAGUCACAAGGUCCCAACUGCAGAUAAUUGAUAUCCAUAUCUUCAUUGGUGCUAAUAGGUGCAAAUUUGAUGUCUAACUUGAUUGGGAUUUUGAAAUUCGAAUGGCUGUUCACCAUAAUUUCCAGC